AUGUUUCAUUAUGGUCAUGUCCGGCAACUACGGCAAGUAAAAGAAUCGUUCCCCGACGUCUUCGUGACCGCUGGAAUAUGCAGCGAUGAACUGGUGCGUAAGUAUAAAGGUGGUCCGUUAGUGAUGACAUACGAGGAACGCUUCGCUUCUGUGGCAGAAUGCAAAUAUGUGGACAACGUCAUUGAUCAUGGGAAUGUUCUACCCACUGUUGAGCUUCUCGAUGAGCUUCAGGCCGACCUGAUCGCCCAUGAUGCCAUUCCUUAUGAAAGCCCUGACAGUGAUGAUUGCUACAAACCUUCAAGAAAAUCGACCGAUUUCUCACUACUCAACGGACAGAAAAUAUCUCCACGACCGACCUUAUCCAACGCAUUGUCGACCAAUGUGACUUGUUCCGUGAACGUAACACAAAACGAGAGCGCUACGGAUAAAUAG